UACAUAAUAUCCCAGCGGGAACCAAUCAGAAAUUGCAAAUGGAAAAGAUAACAUUGAAGCGAACAAUUUGAUGCAUUCACAUAACACCAAGAUGCUACCGUUUAUAAGGAUGUGUCGACUUCGCUUGCAAUUAUUCGCGGAACAGCAGUGAGCACAGUAAGACAAAAUGCGGGAGUUUUCGCUGUUGGUGAUGGUCGCGUUGGCGGCGAGCGUGUCCUGUGUGGACAACUGGUGGAAGUCAGCUGUGGUGUACCAGAUAUACCCGCGCUCCUUCAAGGAUAGCAAUGGAGAUGGCAUCGGGGACUUAAAUGGUAUAACUCAGAAGCUGUCCUACCUGAAGGACACCGGUAUCGAUGCCAUCUGGCUGUCGCCCAUGUUCCAAUCUCCCAUGUAUGACUUCGGCUACGACAUAGCAGACUAUAGGAAGAUAGCCCCGGAGUAUGGCACCAUGGAGGACUUUGACGCGCUCAUGGCAGCUGCGAAGAAACUUGGUAUUCGCGUCAUAUUGGACUACGUGCCGAACCACACGAGUAACGAGAGCGAUUGGUUCGUAAAGUCAGCACAGAGGGAUCCGAACUAUGCUGACUACUACAUCUGGGCUCAUGGGAAACCUGACCCUAAAAACCCGGACUAUGUAGGACCUCCCAACAACUGGGUCAGCGUUUUCCGCAAGAGUGCGUGGGAGUACAACAGCGUCCGAGGACAGUACUACUUGCAUCAGUUCGUCAUUGGACAGCCCGAUCUCAACUAUCGCAGCGCUAAAGUCCGUGAGGAGAUGAAGGAUGUCUUACGUUUCUGGUUGGAAAAGGGUGUCUCCGGUUUCCGUAUCGAUGCGGUCAACAUGUUGUAUGAAGUGGAUCCAUCUAACUUCAACGGCCAGUACCCUGACGAACCAGUAUCUGGAGCCGCUGGAUUAACUCCAGAAGACUACGACUACUUGAGCCAUAUCUACACUCGAGACCAAAACGAGACAUACGACCUUAUUUACGACUGGAGGGCAGUUCUCGACGAAUACACAGAGAAACACAACGAGUCCAAGAUCAUGAUGACCGAAGCUUACACCAAGUUACCGCGGAUGAUGCGUUACUAUGGAGACCAGACCAGGAAUGGAUCCAUUCCCUUCAACUUCUUGUAUUUAGGAGAGCUGAACAACCAGUCUAGUGCUCGGGAAAUAAAGACGGUCAUUGAUAAGUGGAUGGCGUAUAUGCCAGCUGGAAAGGUUGCCAACUGGGUGAACGGCAACCAUGACCAGAGCCGCCUGGCGUCAAGAUUUGGCACCGAUAGGGUUGACGCCAUGAAUAUGUUGGCUCUUAUCUUACCUGGAAUCUCCGUCACAUAUCAGGGUGAAGAACUCGGAAUGACUGACGGUUACGUAAGCUGGAAAGACACCAAGGACCCCCAGGCGUGCAACACGGAUGACCCCGUCAACUAUUGGAAGAGUUCCCGCGACCCCGCUCGGACCCCAUUCCACUGGGAUGCCAACACUAGUGCUGGGUUCUCCACCAGUUCUUCGACUUGGCUCCCUGUUGCUGAUAAUUAUAACACUGUUAAUUUGGCGGCUCAAAUGUCUGCCGCUAAAAGCCAUUACAAGUUCUACAAAGACGUGGUUGCGGUGAAGCGCCUCCCCGCGGUGCGCUCGGGAGAUUUGGACGUACGAGCGCUCUGUGAAUCUGUGUUGGCUGUAGCAAGACUCCUGCCCGGCCACCCCGUGGUCAUCGGAGUAAUGAAUCUGUCUGACAAGGAGGUACCAGUGGACCUGAGCUCAAUGCACCUGCUGCCACAACAGCUGCAAGUCGAGACCUCUGGCAUCAAGUGCUCUUUGGAAAAGGGUGCGAAGGUCCAGAAAGAGAACGUCACGAUGCCAAGCCACUGCGCCCUCGUUCUGACGUCUUUACAAAAAUGUUGCUAGCCAACAUUAUUAUUAUUCUGGAACUUCUACUAACUACUAACACUUAAUGUGAAAGAUAUUUAAAAGCUCUGUAUUUAUGUGUUCAAUAUAAAUUAUAUUUCAAAAUAUAUGAUGUUGAAAAAUU